GAGAACGGACCGGCGGCGGAGGGGCCGCGGCGGCGAAAGGAUGUAUGGAUUUAUAAACACAUGCCUGAAGUCUUUGGUGGUUGAAAAGUAUGGUGAAGAAACAUGGGAAAAAUUAAGACUGCAGGCUGGAGUCCAGGAUUCUUUCUUGACUUUUGAGGUUUACAAAGAUGAGAUCACAAUGCAGCUUGUCGACAAAGCCUGCAAAGUAUUAGGUGUUCCUGCUGAUUUGGUUCUGAGAGAGUUUGGAAAGUAUUUCUUUGAAUUCUGUAAGCGCUCAGGCUAUGACCACAUGCUGAGGACACUGGGUGGAAAUCUCUACGAGUUCAUAGAGAACCUGGAUGCAUUGCACAGCUACCUGUCCCUUUCUUACCAGGAAAUGAAUGCACCAUCUUUUAGAGUAGAAAAGAAUGAAGAUGGGUCAAUGCAUUUACACUACUAUUCAGACAGAAGAGGUCUGUGCCAUAUUGUACCAGGAAUCAUUGGUGCAGCAGCCCUGGAUUUUUUUAACAUUGAGAUUUCAAUGAAAAUAGUCAAUCAAACAGAAGAAGAGGAAAGAACUGGGAAAAAAGAACAUAUUGUUUUUCUUGUCACUCAAAACCCUGUAUUUCCACGCAAGGAAAGAAAUGAAUUUUCUUCCUCAUCUCAAUGUCUUGCUGACUCCGAAAAACAAAGUGAGAGCCAACUGCAUAAAGAGGACUUUGAAAAAGUCAAGAAUACAGUGGGAGACAGAGGAAACUCUGUCUGUCCUGUUAAGAAAAGUCACUGGAAAACAUUAAGAGGAAUAAUCGCAUUAGGGAAAGGUAAGCUCCUGAGAGGAUUUGAUCCUGUUUAUCCCAAGAGCCUCUGGAUUGACACAAAAACAUUUUGCAAUGGACUUCCUUUCCAUAUGGUUUUUGACAAAGAGCUCAGAGUGAAGCAAGCUGGGGUGAGCAUUCAAAAGAUUGUACCUGGCGUUCAGACCAUGGGCAUCUCCUUGGAUCAGUACUUCAGGAUCGUUCACCCGGAAGUGCCCUUCACCAUCUCCAGCAUUCAGAAAUUCAUCAACAGUCAAUUUGUUUUCCAAACUAGAAGAGAGAUGAUGCCAGAGUCAUGGAAACAACGGCCAAUGCUAGAGCUGAGAGGGCAGAUGAUGUGGAUGGAGUCCCUGCAGUGCAUGCUCUACCUCUGCUCGCCUUUGCUUCGCACUUUGCACGAGCUGGAGGAGCGACAGAUGCACAUUGCAGACAUUGCACCUCACGAUGUGACCAGGGAUUUGAUUCUUCUCAAUCAGCAGCGGCUGGCAGAGAUGGAGCUCUCUAACCAGCUGGAGAGGAAGAAGGAGGAACUGCGGAUACUGUCAAAGCACUUGGAGGAAGAGAAGAAGAAGACUGAAGCUCUGCUCUAUGCUAUGCUUCCCCAGCACGUGGCCAACCAGCUGAAAGAGGGGAAGCGAGUUGAGGCAGGAGAGUUCCAGGAGUGCACUAUAUUGUUCAGUGAUGUUGUGACCUUUACCAACAUCUGUGCCCAAUGUGAGCCUAUUCAGAUAGUUCUCAUGUUAAAUUCAAUGUACCUGCGAUUUGACAGACUGACCACAGUGCAUGACGUGUACAAGGUGGAGACAAUUGGAGAUGCCUAUAUGGUGGUAGGUGGGGUCCCUGUGCCUGUUCCCACUCACGCUGAGCGAGUUGCUAAUUUUGCCUUGGGGAUGAUAAUUGCAGCUAAAGGAGUACAGAACCCAGUUUCUGGAAAUCCUAUCCAAAUUCGAGUUGGGAUCCAUACAGGUCCUGUCUUGGCUGGAGUUGUUGGAGAAAAGAUGCCUCGUUAUUGCUUGUUUGGAGACACAGUGAAUAUUGCUUCCCGCAUGGAGAGCCACGGUGUCCCGAGUAAAAUACAUCUGAGCUCCAGUGCCUAUCAGUGCCUAAAAUACAAGAAUUUCGAGAUUACUGAGAGAGGAGAAAUAGAAGUAAAAGGCAAAGGGAAAAUGCACACAUACUUCCUCAUUAGAAAUAAAACUGCAACUGAGAAUGAGAUUAUGGGAAGGCCAAUGAAAGACUUAGAUUCUGGCCAUGAAUCUGUUCAAUCUUUUCAAGAAGGCAGGACUGAAACAAUACCAAGUUCUCAUCAGCCAGUUACUCAGACUCAACCAGAGAAGGACCAGACCCCAACUAUUGCAAUGAAGUAUGUUGAUGGCCCCACAGAUGCCCAAAACAGCCUCCAAAGAAGAAAUCAAAGGAAAAUUGCAGAUUUAACAGGCAAAACUUGUGAUUCCAAAAGCGAUGGGAGUCUCCAUGGUAACCAGCAUGCAGAUGAUGGUCCCCGUCCUCUAAACCAGGGAAGAGUCAAACCUGCUGCUGAAGAGCCACAGAACAGAAAUGUUCGCUCUAAUUUUUGCACUUUACUCUAAGUUUUUUAGUUUUACAUUAAACAGAAAAAAUUUAUUAUGAUUUUGUGCA